AAAUACGGAUUGUUGUUUUUAAAGUGGUUUGGAUUUAUUGGAUUCAUGAUCUAUUUUUUGGUAGAAGGAAGGAAGAACGUUUCCUGAUUUGAUACAACUCUGCAAUUCCCAAGCAACUGCUAUGCAAAGAGGAACAAUGGAGGACAAGGACUACAAAGGGAGCGUCCUUCGGAUUAAGAAGUGUGCAUCUGAUCUCCUUUCCCUGGAGGAGGAUAUGAUAGAUGAUGAUGAGGAUUCAUGGGAGCUAAUGGGGAGGGAUCUGCGCCUCAAGUCGACCUUUUUGUACUGUGAUCUGAACCAUGUUAUCUCAAGUGCUCGCGAUGAGCACAAGAAGAAGACCCUCACCGACCUUGCCAAUAAGUUGUUUUACUUCAUGGAAGAGCUGGAUCAGGCAGUGAAGAGCAGAAGCAUCCCUCUUACACAGAUCCUUUACAGUGAUACAGCUCUUGCGUUGCAGGAAGUGAUCACGUCACUCCAUUAGAUCCAAAGUGGACUCUAAGAACAGAGCCGUUGUCCGAGGAGAUGAAGAAGAGAAAUAUCUCCCAACUAGUUUCCAUUUUCCUUCUUGAUUUUUCUUUUUUGAGUAGAAAAAUGGAGAGAGAGAGAGAGAGAGAGAGAGAGAGAAAAAAAGGCAUGCCUUCAGUACCUUGAAAGCUUUGUUGUUGUUUGAACUCUUAUAGUUACUACGGUGGUCUAGCCAACUGCUAACCCUGGUUCCCCUUUCUGAGCU